AAUGAGUGAAGGAUAAUAAAUUAAGGAAAAUAAGCAAUAAAAUGAAAUCCUUAUUGGAAUGCCAAAAUCUGGAAAUCCUUGGAAGAAACUUUCAACAAAGUAUGAAAUCAUCAUCAUAAGAUUAGAUCAAGUACAAGAACCAAAAGAUUUCAUAAAGUUUCAUGGGAAGAAAAGCAAAAAUAAAGAUAACAAAAGAAAGAAUUAUAGGAGUAUUUGAAAGAGUAUAAAGCUGAGAAGGAGAAGCAGGUAUUUUUUAAUGUGAAUUAAGAUUUAAGAAGAAAAAUUGAGAAAAAAAAAUAAGAAGAAAUAAGAUGAAUUAAAUAAAUAUAAGACAGCUGAUCUUUAAAUUAUAAAAGAAUCCAAAAAUAUUAAAAAAUGGACCAAAAAGGCACGUAAAACAUUGGUCAAAUUGCCUGCUGAAAUAUUUGAAACAUUGCUAGAAAAACAAAGAAGAAAAUGA